ACAACAAAUGGAUCCUUCAAAGGGAAGCACAUGGAUUCUGUUUUCCAGGAGGUUGAGCACAAACUCAUCUCUCUGAUGAAGAAAGAGCUGAAGAUCUUCAAGAGUCAACUGAGUCCAGAUUACCCAUCAUGCUCUGAGAGAGAAGAGGAGGAUGAUGAAGAUCAGAUCAGAGUCAGAGAGAUGUUUCUGAAGAUCACACUGAACGUCCUGAAGAAGACGAAGCAGACAGACCUCGCUAACAAACUACAGACCAUAUUUGCCCCUGUAUACAUGAAGAAACACAAAUACAGACUAAAAGAGCAAUUCCAGAGAAUGAAUGAAGGAAUCUCAGCUCAAGGAAGCUCAACACUUGUGAAUGAGAUCUACACAGAGCUGUACAUCACAGAGGGAGGGAGUGAAGACAUCAAUAAUGAACAUGAGGUGAGACAGAUUGAGACAGCAUCCAGAAGAUCAGAGACACAAGAAACACAAAUCAAAUGUAAUGACAUCUUUAAAGUCUCACCUGAACAAAACAAACCCAUCAGAAGUGUGCUGACUAAAGGAGUCGCUGGAAUUGGAAAAACAGUCUCUGUGCAGAAGUUCAUUCUGGACUGGACUGAAGGAAAAACAAAUCAAGAUCUUCACUUCAUAUUUCCACUUCCUUUCAGAGAACUGAAUCUGAUCAAACAGAAAAAUAUCAGUCUGAUGGAUCUUCUUCAUCAGUUCUUCAGAGAUACAAAAGAACUGAGAUCAACAGACUUUGAUGAUUAUAAAGUUGUGUUUAUCUUUGAUGGUCUGGAUGAGUGUCGUCUUCCUCUAGAUUUCUCAAAGAAUCCGAGUUUGUUUGAUGUCAGAGAAUCAGCGUCAGUGGAUGUGCUGCUGACAAACCUCAUCAAGGGGAAUCUCCUUCCUUCUGCUCUGAUCUGGAUCACCUCUCGACCAGCAGCAGCCAAUCAGAUUCCUCCUGAGUGUGUUGAUCUGAUCACAGAUGUACGAGGAUUCAAUGACCCUCAGAAGGACGAGUAUUUCAGGAAGAGAAUCAAUGAUGAGAGUCUGGCCAACAGAAUCAUCACACACAUGAAAUCAUCCAGAAGUCUGUACAUCAUGUGUCACAUCCCAGUCUUCUGCUGGAUUUCAGCCACUGUUCUCCAGAGAAUGUUGAGUGAAGCAGAGAGUCAAGCACAGAUUCCCAAGACUCUCACUCAAAUGUUCACACACUUCCUGAUGUUUCAGACCAAACUGAAGAGUCAGAAGUAUGAUGGGAAAUGUGAGGUAGAUCUUAAGCAGGCUAGAAAGAGUCUUGAGUCACUGGGAAAACUGGCUUUUCAACAGCUGGAGAAAGGGAACCUGAUCUUCUAUGAGGAGGAUCUGAGAGAGUGUGACAUUGAUGUCAGAGAAGCGUCAGUGUACUCAGGAGUUUGUACUCAGAUCUUCAGAGAGGAGUUUGGACUGAACCUGGGGAAGGUGUUCAGCUUUGUGCAUCUGAGCGUUCAGGAGUUUCUCGCUGCUUUAUUUGUGUUUCUGACAUUUCUUCAGCAAACAUCAGGACUCUUCAGCAGAUUGAGAUCAAAUAUGAGUGAUUUACUGAAGAGUGAAGUGGACAAGGCCUUACAGAGUGAGAACGGACACCUGGAUCUUUAUCUCAGAUUUCUUCUGGGUCUUUCACUGAAGUCCAGUCAGACAAUCUUACGAGAUCUGAUGACACAGAAAGGAAGAAGAUCUGACAGUAAACAGGAAAUAGUCGAGUACAUUAAGAUGAAGAUCAGAGAGAAUCUCUCUCCAGAGAAAUCCAUCAAUCUGUUUCACUGUCUGAAUGAACUCAAUGAUCAUUCUCUAGUACAGGAAGUACAAACAUAUGUGAACAGAGGAGAUGAGUCUAGUCUUACUGGGGUCAGUCUCUCUCCUGCUCAGUGGUCGGCUCUGGUGUUUGUGUUACUGAACUCAGAAGAGAAGCUGGAUGAGUUUAAUCUGAGGAAAUAUGAUCCAUCAGAUGAAUGUCUUCUGAGGCUUCUGCCAGUGAUCAAAGCAUCCAGAACAGCUGAUCUGAGUGGCUGUAAUCUGACAAAGAAAAGUUGUUCAUCACUGGCGUCAGUUCUCAGAUUAAACUCCUCAAGUCUGACAGAACUGAACCUGAGUCACAAUAAUCUGAAACAUUCAGGAGUGAAGCUAAUCAUCUUUAUAUACAAGAGACUCAACAGUGACUGUCAGUCAAUAACUAAGAUUGAUGAUUAA